GACAGCUUUUACGCCGACAUUUGGCUGCUGGUGUGAAUUGAUUUCUGUUCCACCGAUCGCUUGAUCAGCCGCUAUUCUUUCUCUCGCCACCACGGCUCAGCAGAGGGUGUUCGCUCUUUCAGCGAGCACCAAACUGGAAAGGAUCAGAGUCGCUUAGCACAUCCCCGAUCGAGAGAGAGAGGGAGAGAGAGAGAGAGAGAGAGAGAGAGAGCGACGGCGAAGAGGUGGCGGAAUAUGCAGAGAUUGCAGAAUCUCUCUCUCUCCGGCACCUUGUGCUUCACCGGGCGGAUGAACUGAGUGAUUCUGGAUUAUGUACCUAUCGCCUGCGGGGCACGGCGGCAAAGAGAUCGGGAAACAGUAAUGGAUUGCAAAGCUUGAUUAUGCACUUGCUUAUUGUUUGCAGUUUUUUUUAUGCCUCUCUCUUUAGACAAGUAACGGGGUUGUGCAUAGUCUUGUGUUCCUGCUGGGGGUACAUAGCCACACUCCGCUAUCCGGAUUGACAAACUGUCAUACUUCCCGGGCUCGGGUCUCUUUUGUUUUAUAUUCAUACAUGUAAUUUUAAAACAAAGCUGAAACUAUCUGCUUUUUAUUUAUGCGUGUUAAAAAAAACCCAAAUCGGCUGAGGCAGUUCAUGGCAUGAGAUGGGAGGCAGAUGUUACUGUUUGAAAAUGCUGCCGUGGUUUGUGUUGGUGCAGAUUAUUCUGGGGUUUGCUUGGGGCAAUACGACGACUGACCUUUGCGAGAGGAUGUGCUCCUGCAUCGAGGUGGAGGGGGUUCUGCACAUUGACUGCGAGAGAAGAGGCAUAUCCGAGCUGCAGCAUUACAGCGCGCCCACUUCCCGCUUCUACCAACUCUUCUUGCAUGGCAAUUCGCUGUCCAAACUCUUACCGAACGAGUUCGCCAACUUUUACAACGCGGUCACUCUGCACCUGGAGAAUAACGGCCUCCACGACAUCAUUCCAGGGGCUUUCCUGGGGCUGCAGCUGGUCAAGAGGCUCCACAUCAACAACAACAAGAUUAAAGGUUUCAGGAAGAACGCUUUCUUGGGUCUCGAUGAUUUGGAGUACCUGCAGGCGGACUUCAACCUGCUCCGGGACAUCGACCCCGGGGCUUUCAGGGAUCUCAAUGAGCUCGAGGUCCUGAUUUUAAAUGACAACCUCAUCACCUCCCUUCCGGCCAACCUGUUCCAAAAUGUCCCCAUCACACACCUGGAUCUGCGGGGAAACAGGCUAAAGACACUGCCCUACGAAGGGAUUUUGGAACUCCUGCCCGGGAUCGCUGAGAUUCUGCUGGAAGACAACCCUUGGGACUGUACGUGCAAUCUCCUGCCCCUUAAAGAGUGGCUAGAGCACAUCUCACAUUCGGCUUUGAUUGGAAGAGUAGUUUGCGAGGCACCCAUGCGAUUGCAAGGAAACGACUUGAAUGAGACAUCCGAGUUCGAUCUAUGCCCCUCGCAGAAUGAAAACGACUUAAGUCUUGUUGCUCCUCCUACUCAGCAGCCUUCAGGGCUGCUCCCAACUCCUGCCAUUCAGCACCCAAGGCCACCAACUUCAGCAUCAGUGCACAAAGGAGUAUCAAAGCCACGUGGAAACUGGCAACUGAGGACAAGACCUUCAGCGAAUGCUGUUAUACCCAAUGGCAGCAACAUCCCCCUUUUGUUAAAUGGAUGCCCAACAACUUGUAGCUGUUCUAUUACUAGUCUUGAAUCAGGUCUUGAGGUUAACUGCAGGGGCAGUAAACUGGAGAGUGUAGCAGAUCUCCAGCCCAAACCAUUUAAGGCACAGGAGCUCUUCCUCAGACAAAACAACAUAGGAAUUAUAAGAAAAACUCAUUUCCUGAACUACGGCAGUUUGACUUUGUUGGAUUUGGGAAAUAACGCCAUUAAGUUAAUAGAGAACAAUACUUUUUGUAAUCUCACCAAUUUGCGAUGGUUGUACCUGGAUAAUAAUAACCUAGAGACUCUAACCCCUGAAAUGUUUGCAGGGCUUCAAAAUACAGAGUACCUAAACUUGGAGUUCAAUUUAAUUCAGUUAAUCCUGCCAGGCACAUUUAAUUGGAUGCCAAAUCUGAGAGAAUUGUUCUUGCAUAACAAUUUAUUGAAAUCUUUACCAGUAGAUGUGUUUUCUUCUGUCUCCCUCUCCAAGCUAAGUCUCCAUACCAAUUAUUUUAUGUAUCUCCCAGUCACUGGGGUUUUGGAUCAAUUAACUUCUGUUGUGCAAAUUGACCUUCAUGGAAAUCCAUGGGAUUGUUCCUGCAACAUCAUUGCUUUUAAACAAUGGGUAGACAGGAUGGGCAGUGAUGUCGUUGUAAGCGAAUUAAAAUGUGCAUCUCCGGAAGAAUUUUGGGACAGAGAUUUUAAGUCGAUAAGCAACGAGCUGAUGUGCCCGGAGUUAUAUUCAAAAAUCCAUCUGACGUUUUCUUCAUCCAGUAACAUUACCAUAUCAACGGAGACAGGGACUCAUGUGAAUCCAUACUUGGAGACCAGCAGAGUUUCUAUUUCAGUGCUGGUACCUGGUCUUUUACUUGUCUUUGUUACAUCUGCCUUUACGGUUGUGGGCAUGCUGGUGUUUAUCUUGAGAAAUCGAAAGAGAUCAAGAAAAAGGGAUACCAACUCCUCUGCUUCGGAAAUUAACUCCUUGCAGACUGUAUGUGAUUCUUACUGGCACAAUGGGCCUUAUCACGCAGAGGGACCGCAUAGAGUAUAUGAUUGUGUUGCACACACCCUUACAGACUAGGUGAAAUACUGAAAAUAUGGAGUGUGAUUUAAUGCAGCACAUGUAUCUGGAGAUGAGGUUAUGAUAUUGAAGGUCAAAGGCUCCUGAUGUAAAUAAUGUUACCAUAGGCUUCUGCUCAAAGAAUCUGCAACAGAAUGUUGAAUUCAGCUUUCUAAUGAACAGUAAAUAGCAGACAGAUUACAAAACUGCUUAUAACUUUUAGAACUAACCACUUUUCUCCUGCUGUGAAACAUAUGUGUAUUUCAGAAGUAAGCACAGGAAUAAUGUUGUUGCUUUCCAGUGCUCCUUUCAUGUUGAUAUUCCAAUGUAUAUGACAAUUAAUCAGUUAUAUAAAAAAUAUAAAGAAAACUUGUUGUCAUUUGGCGAUAUGGGAGGAUUGUAAAAAGAAUACACAGAAUGGGAGGGGAGGGAGCCGUAGAUUACAGCCAUUAGCUUUCACAAAUGUAAAGUUGCACGAACGCAUGAAUGUAUUGUACAGAACUGUCUAAUUAGAAACAAGUGAUGCAUGUCAUGCAUGAAUUCAACACCACAGGGUUACACUACAUAGCUGGAAGGAAUAGCUAUUACUAUGCUCCAUUCAUGGGUACUAAUUAUAUUCUAUGAAGUCAUGUAUCCAGUAUUGAUCACAGUGACCUUCCCCUGUUUAUUUUUGCUGUGAUUGCAAUUGUGCAGUUUGUGCUAUUAUUGCUUAGAUAAGGUGUAAGCUGCAAGUCAUCUUGUUUUAGGCCAUACUUGUUCAUGCAUGGUUAAUAAUUAUUUAAUUUAUAUUAUGAAUUCUCCAUGUUUUGGGUGUUAUUUUAUAUUUGCUAAUGCCAAUUCCCAUCUAAAAUUAAGUGUAGUUACUAUGUUUUGUACCGUGGUAAUGAAAUUCAAAUGGCAAAUGGAAUAUUCUUUUUUUUAAGAACUUGGGAAUAAAUAUAUAAAGUAUACUUCAGCAUGACCAAUUAAUGUCAUUCUAUUGCUCAGGCUGCUUCAGUGAUACAACGUAAACUCAAGUCAGCAUUUUGCCACCUAACAAAAUGGAAAAUGCUAUGGAGGAGGCACUUAGAGGACAUUUAAUAGGAUUAUUUUAGAGUUUUAUAAUGGCAAAUUUUUUCAACAUUCAAGUAACUGGUUUAAUCUGAAGACUCAUUUAAUUAUUUAGUCCGCAUCAAAACAUAAUUCCCAGCUGCAAGAAGAGCUUUGCUCACAUUUAUCCAUGGUGUUAAAUAUUUAUAAAUUGGCAUCUCAUUUGCUUUGCAGCUGUUUAAACUUUGUGAGACCCUGAAAUAUUCCAAAAUGGCCUGAAGUGACCAUGGUAUUUUUCCCUGACAGCAGCAAUCAGUGAUACCCAUAGCUGUCUGCUUGGCUUUACUUCGGUUCAGAAGUAAUCAUCAUUUGGUUUUGAAUUGAUCUGUGAACUACAGUGUCAUUUAAAUGGUCAGCACAUUGGACCGAUAGUGCAAAGUGCUGGCAGCCUUGGCAACGGAUACUUUCCUAAUAGAAUUUAUUGGCAGUAAACGGUUCCUCAGCUCAUAAAAUACCUUCUUUGUUCAAAAAAAAGUGUUGUUGCAGUCCUCGGAAUUUAUAAACAAGCAGGCUUGAAUUCUGUGCUAUAUGAGGCAGGAGGUUGUUUGCUACAAACAGGGUUGUUGUAUGGGCAGGAGGAGGGAGAGUAUGUACAGGAGGGUUGCUUUCUGUAGAGGAGGUGAUGUAUGUGAAGAAAGGGUAGACAUAUAGGUGAUAUGAGGGUGAAUGCUAUGUGGAAGAGGGUUUGUACAUGUGGGGAGGGGAAGUUUUGGAAGGAAUUAAUGGGAAUGUUCUGGGAUGGCUUUAUCUCCUACGUUUUUGACAAGUCAGUUCUGUGUCCAUCUGAUGACCUUCAUUCAAUUUAGCAUUAUUGUAAAAGAAAGAAAAAAAUGUUACUGAUGCAGUAUUAUAGUUUUCAUGUACUGAUGACUGUACAUAUAGUGCAAAAAUUAAUGUGUAAAGGUUUAACAGAUUUGUAUAAUAUUCCCUUCUCUGCUAUUUUAAUACUUAUUGUAAUGCUUUGAUGUCACUAUCCAAGUACUAGAUAAAGACAUUUUAUACAAUCUUCUUAAGUAUUUGU